GCAGCAGCUCGCAGCCUGUUGUUGUUUGCGUCAUCGCGACUGUUAAAUCAGCUCUGAGAAUAAAAAGGAUGCUUUCAACUUAACCGGAUCUUCUGUGUCAUGUUGACCUGGUACCACUUGCCAGGCUUUAAUUAUAGCGUCUGGGUUUGGCCACGCCCCGCUCGGCUUUGAUCGGACACACCUGUGUACCUGGAUGCGCGCGUCAGUCCGAAGCGGCAGAACCUGUCGGCGCAGUCUUCGCGGUUUUGAUGCAGCGCUGCGCACAGAUCCUUGGCAGUCCAGGUUGGCACGGCGGCGCGUUUCCAUCAUGAGAGCAGUGUCCUUCAAGCGGCCGGUCCUGAUCGCAGCCUGUGUUGGGGUUGUAUUUUACCUGGCCGUGUUUCUGAGGACCGGACAGGUGUACGAGGAGAGGACGGGCAGGCAGGUGGAGGCGGACCCGCCGGCCAGGAGCUUCUCUGACCUGGAGCAAAGCUUGAAUAAUCUCACCAAGGUCCUCAGACAGUUUGCCCAAAAACAAGACUCCAUGCAGAGGAUCCUGGAGGAGGACCGAGACACACAGAAGAAAGUGGCAGACGUCCUGAAGCAAGCCAUCCAGGAGAGGGCAGAGCAGAAAGAGCAGCAGAAAGAGCAGCAGCAGCAGCAGGAAGAGGCGCCGCCGCCCCCAAAGAAAAAGUCCAGCAAAGUGUUCCCCGGGUCCCCCCUGUUCCAGGGCUGGGGGGAGAACCUGUCUGAGGACGAGCAGAAAGAAGCCCAGGUUCUGUUUGAGAAGUAUGGAUACAACGUUUUCCUCAGCGAUCGUCUUCCUCUGGACCGACCUCUGCCAGAGACAAGAGAAAAAGGGUGUCUAACAAAGACGUACCCGAAGGAGCUGCCGACUAUAGGAGUGGUUCUCAUCUACCUGAAUGAAGCCCUGUCUAUCCUGAAGAGAGCUCUACGCAGCAUCAUCGACCGCACGCCUAAACACCUGCUGAAGGAGAUAAUCAUGGUGGACGACCACAGCUCUAAUGAAAACCUGAAAGGUGACCUCGACGCAUAUGUCAAAUCGCUGGAGGAGGAGAACCCAGGGCUCCGCAUUGCCAGAGUCAAACACACGGAGCAGAAAGGCCUGGCGCACGCCCGGGCCUCCGGGUGGAGGGCUGCCACCGCCGACGUGGUGGCCAUCCUGGACGCUCACAUCGAAGUCCAUGAGAUGUGGGCUGAACCCCUGCUGACCCAGAUCCAAGCGGACCGGACCGUGGUGGUUUCCCCCGUGUUUGACAGAGUUAACUUUGACGAUCUCAAAGUGAUCCACUACAACUCUGCAGCGCAUGCCUUUGACUGGGCUCUGUGGUGCAUGUAUGAGUCCUUUUCACCCGACUAUUACAAGCUCAAUGACAGCUCCCUGCCUGGAAAGAGUCCGUCUGUGAUGGGGAUCUUCGUGGCCGACAGGAAGUUUCUUGGAGAAAUCGGAGUCCUUGAUGAAGGAAUGAAAGUUUAUGGUGGAGAAAAUGUGGAGCUCGGGAUUCGUGUGUGGACGUGUGGCGGCAGCAUUGAGGUCGUUCCGUGCUCCAAGAUCGCCCACAUCGAGCGCUUCCACAAGCCCUACUUACCCGACCUGACCCCCGCCAUGAAGAGGAACGCCCUGAGGGUGGCAGAAAUCUGGAUGGAUGACUACAAACACAACAUCAACUUGGCUUGGAAUAUUCCCUUCGAGAACCAUGGCAUCGACAUAGGAGACAUAUCUGAGAGGAAGAAGCUGAGGGAGCGUUUGAACUGCAAACCUUUUAAAUGGUACCUGGACAACGUGUAUCCCAAGCUGGAUCCCUGGGACAACCUGCUAGCUUACGGAGCAAUGAUGAAUGUGGAUUCUGGGCUGUGCAUUGACCAAGGGGCAGUACCAGGUGACACGCCCAUUUCCUACACCUGCCACUACUACGGCCCCCAGAUUACAUAUUACCGCGCAACUGGUGAGAUCUACAUCGGCGGCAUCAAGUCCCACAAGUACAACGACAACCGGUGUCUAACCGACCGAGGCGAGAAAAAGACCGAGCCGGGUCUGUUCAACUGCAAAGAGGCCAUGCAGAAAGGAAUGGGGAUUUACUGGGACUUCACGCAGGGGAAAGAGUUGAAGAACCGGCAGACAAAAAGAUGUCUGGAAAUUGUAAACAAGGUGCUUCUGAUCCAGGAGUGCACCGGCCAGCAAUGGAAAAUCCAAAACGUUAUCAAAAACUCUGGGGUGUGAACACUAAACCAACACCUUUCUGUUCAUAGGCCCAUAAAUUAUUAAACUGGUUUGUAUAAAAUGUGAAAGACAAUAAUAUAAGUUGCAUGAAUUUAAUUGUACUGGCAAACUUGAAAGUGUGAUUAAUGUUGCACAUCGGAUGAGGGGUGUUUAAGCUUUCUGUAAUUAUUUUUAUCAGAACAGAAUGAAGUCGGUUCUGCAGCAUAUAGAAAGAAACCAAAGAAGAUAAAUUUUAAUCAGCAGGUCAUUUAGGAUGAAGCUUCGUUUCCUUGUAAUUGGUCGGUUUGUUUUUAAACAGCUGUGCUGCAUACUUGGUGUUAAUGUGAAUAAUAAGAUGUUCUUGCUAAUUCUGCUCUGCAGUUCGAGGAAAUGCUAGAGUUGAUGGUUUAAGUUUAUUCUACUUUUAAAAGGAGUCAUACGUUACAGCUUUGUGAGGAUCCGCGGGACUGGAUAACUGACGUUUACUAUGAUUUAAAUCAGAAACUAGUUUUUCUUCUAAAGCACUUUGUGAUGUAGGAAACCCUGCUAUCACUAAAAAAACUAUCAAAUAUAAUUUGGAGAAGUAAAUAUAAAAAGUUAGUUUAUAAUCUGUUCUUUAAUGCUUUAUUAUCUGAGAUGGUGUGGAUGUAAGGUGAAGGAAAUGUAAAUAAAACAGUGGCCAGAGAAAAUGCUUCAAAGACGAGUCGAAAUGUGAGUGUUUGUUGGAUUCAGAUUAUCUUUCCAGUCAUGAGAAAUUUAAUUAGGGCUCAUUUCCUCCACUUUGUUACUUUUUCUUUAUAGAAAAUCAUGUGAAACCUUGAAAUCUACAGGUGUGAAGUUAUUUAAAAUAGUUUGUACAGUUCUUUUAGUUCUUGGUGUUUCUUUUAUUCUCGUAUGUCUGGUAUCACAACAAGGAACCUUUUUGUAAUGCUUGAAAAUAAAAGUUGGUAUAUAAAA